CGGGGCGCAGUCAUACGCGAGCGUGACAUGAUCUUGAGCGAUUGUCGGUCUCGUCUCCUCGUUUGGUUGAGCUGAGCUGCAUUUCCGACUCCCAUUGCCCAUAUUUCUGCUCGCCUUUUCACCGGUUUGUUCCAAGCGCAGGAGCGAUACAAGCCUUCAUAUCUCUAUUCCCUCCAGGUUAUAUUCAAUUCACAAUCUUACUACAAGUUUUGAGCUUUCCUACGGCCUUCAUGCUGAGAGCUUCGCUAUCUAUAAGCACAGUACCUUCCUUUUAAAUAUACGGCAAGGGAGUCCACGCAAAACAUCACUUUGCGUAUGUGGCGCUUUCUGCCUAUUGCCCAUUUCCCAUUUUGACAGCCGGAGGUAGCCCGCAUCCGUAUUUACCAUGUCAGCAUUCUGGCCUUUUUCCGGCUGGUCUAUGCCACAAACUCUUCAAAAGCGGCUCCUCAAGUUCUUGUUGAAAAGGGCCAUAGGGCAGUUUCUGGCCUCUGAACUGAAUCUGGAAAAUUUGGACGUCGAGUUGGGAAAAGGCCAAGUUGUCCUUAAAGAUUUGGAGUUAAAUCUAGAGGUUCUAAACGAUCUAGCAGCGGAUUUACCGGUUAUCGUCACGGAUGGACGCAUCUCACGAAUACAGGCCUCUGUGCCAUGGAAGGAUCUGGGAACAAGCGAUUGCAUCCUUGAGUUUGACGGCCUCUAUCUUGAACUCAUGUCUUUGCGGGAAGAUCCCGAGAAUGGAUUGUCUAGAUCAUCGCAAAUGUCGGAAUCCCAUAUCAUGUCCUCUUCAAUCCAUUUUGCGGAAAACUUUCUUCGUAGUGAAGUAUCAGAUGAAGACGACUUAGGUCUAGCUUUUGAUCGCAAAUCCAAUCGUUCAUCGGCAAAUGAUCGUCCCGCGUCAACAUCUUUCUCCACGAACCAGGGAACACCACCAAGUGGAAGCAGAGACACGGGCCUUGAAGGCUUGCAAGUCCUUGCCCGGCUUAUUGAUAAAAUACUGGCCAAAGUGAAGGUCGUGGCCAAAAACACCGUCGUAAGACUGUCUCAUCGCUCCCAGAUUUCCAUUGCCCCAACAAUUAUGGGUUCAGGAGAUUCUCCUGUGGAAUACCAUCUGGAGUUAACUAUACCCACCCUGAGCUAUGGAGAUGAAACUCUGGGUCUUGGCGACGACGAAUCUGAUCCUUUGCAUCCAACGACAGUGAAGAUCACGAAGGUGAUAAGAUUUGCAGGGAUUAGCAUCAAUCUCAGUCAACUGAAAGAUGGUGGAGAAUCUUCUGUCACGGAGUACGUUUGGACUGACGUUCUGGCGACCACGUCCAGUGACCAAGAAAAUUGGGCUCGCAUCAUCUUUGAGAAAAGCUUGGAGGAGCCUCUGGCUGAUAGUGCUAGACUCGACUCCUCAGUUAACCGAGCUAUGCAGAGCUCCGGCAUGCGCAUUGAAUGUUUGCUAGACUCCAUUUGCGCUCUAAUUGAUCCGAGUCAAAUGACAUUGUUGAAGGAGAUUUUUGCGGCUGUACGUGAAGGGCAAGAUAUACUGACUUACAGCAGGCAAGUUGGAAUGGCCGACGAAAGGAUAUCUGGAUAUGGUGAGCCGCCACCUUCAGGGGAUUACGGUGUUUUUGCCUCACGAUCAGAUCAAGGGCCGGGCGCUUGGCCUGGCAACGCCAAUUCUCCCCAAGCGCCUGUGUCGUUGCCACCAAACUCCUUUUCAACAAAAAUGCCCAUAUCUAUGCAUCUCCAUCUUCGCCAGUGCGACAUUUAUCUACCCUAUCAGAUCCCGCCACUUGACUUCGAUAAGUCGCAACUCUAUAAAGUAUACUUUUCGGGGCGCAGCUCUGCUUCUGCUACAGGUGUUCCUUCCGAUAUGUCGACAAGUUUUGUCACGCAGAUGAACACUAGGCUCAACGCCGGUAAUGGCGCUCUGGAUGAAGUGGUUGCUGGGAUACUAGGUGCGAACCAUCUCAAGAUCGGCGUUGAGAAUACCGUUGUCGACAUGUCGACUUUGGAGAGCAAUGCAAACCAAGAUAUGGAUCAUAUUUUGGAAGUCAGUGUGGGGAACGUUUCCAUACUGGAAUGGAUGGAACACGACCUCAGACCAGCAUCUACUGGUCGGCGUCGACCCUCAAAGGGUGCCUACUCUUGCAUUGUCUUUUUUGAUCCUGGUGUAAAAGUAACCCCAGUUGCGGGACUAUACAAUCAGCUAAAGACGUGUCAACCGCCCAAGGCUGAGGUUGUUUACGAUUUUCCUGGGAGAUCAAAUAAUGUGCAGAUGAAGACACCUGCUAUUAGAUGCACGUUUGAAUCCGCGACAAGCUCGAACACGGCGCAUACCUGGCCUGACUUCGAGUCUGCAAUGCUUCGUCAUGUCAAUGUGGAGUUGUCCCCUUUGCAUUUGUUCUUCGAUGUCGAGAUCAUGGAACGUGUCAGCCGGCUCUUCUCGGGUAAGACGGGUACAUGUGAUGUCUAUGGCGACAAUUCGAGUGCACACGAAGAUGAUCCAUUUCAAAGGACUGGCACUGCAGUUGGGUUCAUCAUGGACGACCUGACCCAAAGCGCUUCAAACAUGCCUGCGGCGCAUGUUGAUUACAGGAUUAGUAUCAAAACAGCCGUCUGCAGAUGCUGGCUCACCUUACCACGAGUUGCAGAUGGCAUCAGAAAUGGACACGAACGGCCGCUAAGAGGGCGGCAUUCUCACAUGUUAUUGGUGGACUUCAUUGACCCGAGCAUCGUUACAUCGACUGGACCAUCCGGCAGUUCUAAUACCAGACGAUCUAGCUUGGGAUCGCUUCAUCAACGCGUGCCUAGCAAUUGCUGUAGUGGUGACCAGCGAGAAACGCGUCGUUGGGCCAUGGACUGCCAGAACAUUGGGGUGGCCCUCGCGCGCAGAGUUGACGGAGAGAAAGUUGCCAUCAAAGCCUUUGCCUCCUGCGGCUCUUUCGCGCCAGAAUCUGCUGGAACGUCAGCGCCUGUGCCAACGCGACCAAAUGUCGAAGUAACGGUGCGCUCUCAUAUCUGCGAUUCUCUCCUUGAGCGUCCAACCGCCGACGUUUUUGCUACCCCUACCGGGCUUACGUUUAAUCGAGAAGUUGAUGAUGACGCAUCAGGAGGUUUUGGUUUUCAAAGUUGGUAUGACAUUGGAUCAACUGGAAGGAGUCCCAGAAUUCCGUCGGAACAUGGCACAGAUGAAAAACAGGAAGAUUUGCUUUGGUUCAAACACAGGACGAUUGAGGAAUCGCUUAUUCAUCUAAAUUGUUACUUUCCAAUUUGCCAUCUCAACCUUAUCAAAGCCGAUUACGACCUACUACAAGUGUUGAUAAACGAGAUUACUCUUUUCCAAUCAAUAGCCAAAACCGAAGAGCAACCAUCUUCACCGUCCCCGCCCCGAACUGCAACUGCCAACCUCCUCAAGUUUGGCCAACUGCCUGACGUCGAUUCUCAACCAACGCAGAGCAAGUUACGCCCUGACAUCCAAAAUAGCAACAGUGCAAAUGAAGUCCCUCAGACGUGGGGGGGUCACUCCAACUCCAAGGUCGUCAGAAAGCCAUCGACGUUCAGUGCCGUGGCAACUUGCGACUCAUUUAGAGCAAGUAUUCAUCUGGAGGUACAAAACGGUGCAGAAGCUACAAACAUUGCAAACACAUCUUAUUCGUGUGCACUGGACGACUUGCACUUUUUCCUCAUCAAUGGACACAUGGGGAAGCACGCGUCCUACUUGUGGAUCGACGCAGACGACUUGUCCUUCAACAAUGUUGCUUCACCGUUGAACCCGGCCAUGACUUACCUCUACCGAACGCUUCCGAAGAAUUUUGAGGCCAAACAAAUGCUGUCGAUAUCGUCACUUAUGGCGUACGAUGAGGAGCUGAACAUGAAGGAGACAACAGCUUCUAUUACUCUGAACGCAUUCACCGUUCGUUAUGUCAUGGGUUCACCUGUGUUACCGGAUCUUGGAGCCUUCCUUAAGGAACCUUCAGAGCUGGUCUUUGUCGAUAUGGCUAACCGUUUCACAAAGCUGUACGUGAAUCUCACGGACGCCUGCGUGGAUUAUCAACCACUCUACAUGCCAAUUCGCUCGGUGCUACUCGUCGAUAGCGCGAAGAUUUCUUGCAAUCUGAUACCAGAAUCACCAACAAUCGGACUCAAAAUAUUGGUUUAUAAUUCGUCGGUCCUCGUUGCGGAGGGCGAUCUGAAGCGACGUCAUAGUGAAGGUGAAUCACAUGGAGCAGAUGGAUACAUAAAUACCCGCAAACACUUUACGAGCCUAGGAUUUGCCAAUGUGGGGGGGUGCGACUUUCUUGACAUAGCUGUGAGAACCAAUAGUGGCAGCAUUCUUCCCUACCUUGAGGUGGACAUAACCAAUAAUCAGCUGUCGAUUGACACUUGUGCGGACACGUAUCUGACAUUGCUGGCGUUGAUCAAGUACUUGACAGAGGCAGGCGACCUACCUAAGGAAACGACCGAGGAUUUACCGGUGCCGCGGACGCCAGAGCAGAGAAUGCAGAAUCCUUCGUCGGACCAAGGGCAUGAUAAUGAUUUGCUAGCAAGUCUUGAUGAGGAGGCAUUCAAGGGCCAGAAAGGGAAAAAGGUCGCGACAUCAUCUGUUGACCUUCAAAUGGAAGAUGUUGACGAUGCACUUAGUCAAAGCGUCCUGAUCCAGUUUGAUGACGAAGAUGGAUCAUUUUCUCCUACCAGCUUCGAUGAGUUUGACUUUGGCAUCACAGGCUCCCCUACUCUUUCCAGCCCUGAAGCAUCCCGAGCAAAUCAGUCAACGGGCACAGCGGCGACAGAGGGAGCCGUCUACCUGCUUGAAGAUCCUGCCGCGUUUCAUAUUAUCGAUGACUUCUUCUCUAGACCUUUACCAGAGUCGGAUAUGCAAAACACCUCGACGAUGAACCCAACCUCGAAUGACAAGUGCCUGACGCGCAUCAGGAUCCGUGAUUUUGAUGUUUCAUGGAAGAUCUAUGAUGGGUAUGACUGGAAUAAAACCCGUGAAGCGGUGUUCGAACACAGCAUGCAGGCAGCCAAGGGGAAAGCAACGAAUUGGAAAAACAGAGAAAGUGGUACAGGGCGAACAGGCCGUAGAGAUAGCCCUGUUACCACCGCUACCCCUUCCUCCUAUGAAUUUGAUGUCUCCUCAGAAAUGAGCUACCGAAAUGACGAAAAUAUUGGCUUCGAGAUUGGGAACUACUUCCUCCCAACACUGCAGCAGCCAGUCCCCCAGCUCUCCGAUGAGCAACGCACACGGGAGCAAGAGCGUGAAGAGACGGGAAGUGUGCAUAGUAACACCAGCAAUCUCAGUGCACGUUCGCGGGACACUACUGCUACCUCCAUGAGCACAGCUCAGCGUAAACGCCCCACUUCUGCGGACGAUCUUGUCCGAUCUCAGACAAGUCAGCUAAUGUUUAAGGCUUAUGCUUUAAAUAUUGAUUAUGAUUUGUUCCCGGACGAGGCACAGACUGCCUGGCGUCUGUUAUUGACCGUUCGCGAUUUCGAAAUUAUUGACAACGUUAGGACAUCGCGAUGGCGAAAGUUUUUAUCAUACCUCCGUCCGGAUGGGGAUGCCUUGCCAAGGGAAACCAGCAGCAAUAUGAUCCGAGCUGACCUCAGUAGCGUGAGGCCUACACCGGAGUCGUUAGGGAACGAAGAGUUCAGAUUGAAGGUUGAUCUCCUACCUUUGAGAAUGCAUAUUGAUCAGGAUGCACUCAGUUGCCUGUUACGCUUUUUCGCUUUUGAAGCUCCGCCUAGCGAUGCUGCCGUGGGGCAAAAGAAACCUGACAAUACGUUCUUCCAACUGUGUGACAUUCAGCCUGUGUCCGUCAAGGUCGAUUACAAACCGAAGCAUGUCGAUUAUGCUAAUUUAAAAGGAGGAAAUUUCAUUGAGAUCAUGAACUUCUUCCAGUUGGAUGGCGCGGAGAUGACCUUGAGGGGCGUGCGACUAACCGGGGUUAAAGGAUGGGCUCGAUUGAUGGAGGGCAUUCUAAGCCAGUGGCUACCUCAUAUCCGCGACACUCAAGUUCCACGGGUGGUUUCGGGGGUCUCUGGUGUGAGGUCAUUGGUCAACAUUGGUUCUGGAUUGGCAGAUCUCGUCCUCCUUCCCAUUGAGCAGUACAAAAAAGACGGCAGAAUAAUUCGAGGCUUGCAAAAGGGUGCACGCUCCUUUGCAAAGGCCGCAACUACGGAAACGAUAAAACUGGGGACAAAGUUGGCUGUCGGAACACAAGUGUUACUUGAGCACGCUGAUGAGAUUCUUACUGGGGAUGAUGCUAGUCGUCAUGGCGAUGACGUUUCCGGGUCUUCUUCUUGGCCAUCGUCCUUGGAGCAAGUGAGCAAGUACUCGGAACAGCCGCGAGACGUUAAGGAAGGCGUCGAGCUUGCUUAUCGCAGCUUAAGUCGAAAUGUGGCUACAGCAGCACGGACGGUAUUUGCUGUCCCUAUGGAAGUAUACGAGAACAAUGGAGCACAGGGAACUGUUCGAGCUGUUAUACGAGCUGUGCCGGUAGCUGUCCUCAAGCCGAUGAUCGGCGCCACGGAAGCUGUUUCAAAAACGCUAAUGGGUUUGCAGAACACAAUUGACCCGAGCAAGCGAUUGCAAAUGGAGGACAAGUAUAAAGGAUAGGGUUGAAGUUUUAUAGUUUUUAGUUUUGUUUGAUAUUGCGAAGUUUCUUUUACGGGCAUAUUCUCGGGCAUGUAAAUAUCAUUGGCAUAGAUAGGAUUUUUGCGCAAACCACUCUGUACUCUGAUGCCAAUAGGGCGGCAAACUAGUAGGGAGAUGGGUUGUUGUAUGAAGAUUUGACGGUGUAAUGAUGGAUGAUGUAAAGGUCAAAACCAUUGGUAUAAAUUCUUAUAAGUACAUAUUCUACAAUUCGUCAUGCUCAUGAGCGUCUUCCUCA